UACCUUUAAUUCCGGGUGGUGGGUAAAUUUCUUUCUUUUUUACCUUUUCAUACCGGGCGGGGCAGCAGUGGAAAACAAAUUUUUAUGGGUAUGAUCUACUACGUCGAAAGGUUUCUACGUGAUUUUUUUCUUGCUUGCGAAGGUUUCUACGUAGUGUUUUUUUUUUCUUCUUUUACGUACUUAAGCCUUGGAUCUUUUUUCUUUGUGCCUUGGUUUGUUCUCUUGUUUAUAAUCCUCAUCUCUUUAUAUGAGCGGUCUAGGGAGAUCGGCUAUGGCUGCCGCCUCGUCGCAGCAAUUCGCAGGUCUCGCGCUCCCGCGCAAUCGCUCGUCGACGGCGGCGUCGUCCCAGCGCGCAGCAUUCGCAAGAGCGUCGUGUUCUUCCUCCAGCGAUCAAAAUCAGGGUUCUUCGGUCGGCUGUGGUGGCAGGCGGAGCUUCCUUGGCGGCGCCGCUGCUAGCGCUGGCUUGGUGAUCGCAUUGCCGACGCUGAGGUCGUCCGCGGCCGAGGAGCAGCUGUCGCAAUGGGAGAAGGUCCCGCUGCCGAUUGAUCCCGGCGUUGUUCUUCUCGAUCUUUCCUUCGUCCCGGACGAGCCGAAUCGAGGAUUCUUGCUCGGGACGAGGCAAACGCUGCUGGAAACCAAGGACGGUGGAAGAUCGUGGGCUCCCAGGAGCGUUGCAUCCGCCGAGGAGGAGGAUUUCAACUACAGGUUUAAUUCCAUCAGCUUCAAAGGCAAGGAAGGAUGGAUCAUUGGAAAGCCCGCGAUUCUUCUCCACACAUCCAAUGCUGGCGAGACCUGGGAGAGAAUUCCCUUGAGCUCUCGGCUUCCUGGCAAUCCAGUGGUGAUUCAAGCAACUGGAGACAAGCAAGCCGAGAUGGUCACCGACGAAGGAGCGAUCUAUGUAACAUCCAAUGCUGGUUACAACUGGAAGGCCGCAGUGGAGGAGACGGUCUCGGCAACGCUUAACAGAACUGUGUCAAGUGGAAUCAGUGGAGCUAGUUACUACACGGGAACUUUCAACACAGUGAAUCGCUCACCACAAGGUGACUACGUUGCGGUGUCUAGCAGGGGCAACUUCUAUAUGACCUGGGAGCCCGGCCAGCCUUACUGGCAACCUCACAACAGGAGGAGUGCCCGACGCAUUCAAAACAUGGGAUGGCGUGCUGAUGGUGGUCUUUGGCUUGUUGUUCGUGGAGGUGGUCUCUACCUUGGGAAAUGCUCGGGUGUGUGCGAGGAUUUCGAAGAGGCCAGCAUUCCAAGCAGGGGAUUCGGGAUUUUAGACUUGGGAUACCGGUCUAAGGACGAAGCUUGGGCUGCCGGUGGAAGUGGCAUGCUGCUCAAGACAACCGAUGGAGGAAACACUUGGAGCCGAGAUAGAGUCGCGGACAGCAUUGCUGCCAACUUAUACUCUGUCAAGUUCCUCGACAACAAAAAAGGCUUCGUCCUAGGCAACGAUGGUGUUCUUCUCCGCUACCUCAGCUAAGAAUCUCCAUCAAAACUAUCAACUGGGCGAUGGUUUCCCGAUCGCCCAGUUCAUCGGCAGUAGAGAAUUUGCUACAGCAGCAGCAGCUCCAAUCCCUGGCAGCGCUUGUAAGAUCCCACUCGAGCUCCAAAGAUCUAAACAUCGCCAGACAAAUUCACGCUCGAGUUCUAGACAGUCCUCUCUGGCCUAAUAGAUUCCUCGCCAAUCUCCUCAUGGAGAUGUACGGCAAGGCGGGCGGCAUGGACGAGGCGCGCGAGAUAUUCGACGGCAUCUCCCACCCCAACACCCACAGCUGGAAUAUACUCAUCGCGGCAUAUACCCACAACGGGCAAUUUGAUGCCGCCCAAGCUCUAUUCCACGCCAUGCCCGAGCGCGACGUCGUGGCGUGGAACUCGAUCCUGGCGAUGGAGGCGGCGCGCGAGGAUUUCCAGGCGAUGAAGGCGAUCUUCAAUGCGAUGCCGGCGCCGGAUCUCGUCUCCUGGAAUGGUAUGAUCGCGGCAUUCUCCCAGGCAGGGCACCUUGCGGCGGCCAAGGAGAUGUUUGAUCGCAUGCCGCAGCGCGAUCUCGUGUCCUGGAACACGAUGAUCCAGGCGUUCUUGCUGGCCGGGCAGAUCCGCGAGGCAGAGAUCAUGUUUUGGGGCCUCCCGGACAAGAAUGUGGUGUCCUGGAACACGAUGAUCCAGGGUUUCGGCGAGAAGGGGCAGAUCCACGGCGCCAGGGAGCUCUUCGAUGCGAUGCCGUGGCGAAAUAUCAUCUCCUGGACGGCAAUUCUAUCGGCGCACUCGCAGAGGUCGGAUCUUUCCCAGGCGAAGGAGCUCUUCGACGCCAUGCCCGAGCGAAAUCUCGUCGCCUGGAACGCGAUGCUAGCGGCAUUUGCCGAGAAUCACGAUCUAAAAGGCGCCAGCGCGGUGUUCGAUUCGAUGCCGUGCCGCGACGUCGUGUCCUGGACGGCGAUGCUUGUGGCAUUGGCAAAACAGGGCAGUGUGGAAUCCGCGAGAGAGAUCUUCGAGCAGAUGCCACAGAGGAACACUGUUUCAUGGAACGCGAUGCUGGAAGCUUAUGCCCAGAAUGGGCAUCUGGAGGAUGCGACCCUUGUCUUCGAUCGAAUGCCUCACAGGGACAUCGUCUCGUGGAAUGGAAUGGUAGCGGCGUACACUCACAGGAAAAUGGUGAUCCAAGCCAAGGCCACCUUCGAUUCGAUGCCGCAGCGCAACAAUCUCUCCUGGAACACCAUCGCCGCGGCGUAUGCCCUGGCGGGGAAAUCCACCAUAGCUCAGCGUCUCUUUGACACCAUGCCAGGGAAGAACACCGUCUCGUGGAACUCACUCUCGGCAACUUAUGCCCAGUCCGGGCAUAUCGAUCGAGCAAUGGAGAUCUUCCACGGCAUGCUGGCUGCUGGAUUGGAACCGGACGAGGUCUCGUUCGUGAUCAUGCUCUCGGCUUGCAGCCACGCCGGGAAGCUCGAUCGAGGGUGGAGCUACUUUGCUCUCAUGACUGGGGAGUUUAAGCUGGUGCCUUGGGCGGAGCACUACUACUGCAUGGUGGAUGUUCUUCGGCGGGUCGGGCAGCUCAAGCUGGCUGAGAGUCUGGUCAGCAACAUGCCUUUUGUUCCAGAUAGCAAGGUUUGGGGAUCUUUGGUAGCGGUGUGUGUGCCGCAAGAGCAAGAGAUGGAGCGAGGGAAUCAAGCAGCCAAGAACGCGUUUGAGAUUGAGCCAGGAAAUGCUGCUCCUUAUGUAUUGCUGUGCAAUCUCUGGGGUAAGAUCACUUGAAAACUUUUGAAUUUUUGAAAUUUUAUAUUCUCAAAUUUUUUUAAACUUGGAAGAUUCUUUCAAGAUGGCAAUGUCGUCCACUUUUUCAGUAAAUUGAGAUCGUUAUAAAUUCCAAGGCUCUACCAGAGAAGAAAGAAGAUGUGUUGCCAUGCUUUUGUCCCAGUUGCUGGUGCGUGUUUAGCACAAGAGAGUUACAAACUGCAAGAGAAAAGAGUAGAACUCCGUAGGCUUGGGUCCGUUUGGUAGAUCUCAAGACACCCGUGAGAUCUUGAGCGAUUGGCGAAUAAGUGUGAUCACAGGCUUGGUUGACGCUGUUUUGCUCUGGCUUUCGAUAGAUUAAGCUGUAAUUAAGCGAUUCGAUGCCAGCAGCUGGAAACAACCCAAGGAUUUACAUUGGUUCCCAAAGUAGCUCAGAAUUCCACACCUUUGUAUUUGGAGAAAACAUUACGAAAGGUAGAAUUUCCCCAUUCUGCCAAAAAUCUAGUUCGGAAGUUUACAGCGUCACUCAAGCGAAGCAGACGAAAGUUUGAGGCUCCAGAGAAUCCUUGAGUACGCUCGGACUCCUCUUUUCUCUCAGCUACAUCAAUGAGAAAAAGAAAGUGAUCGUCCGGAUCGCAGCAAGCGAGAAUGUAUAGCACGUCCUGUCCCGUCCCAGAGCCUGGGCACCUCCCAGGCAUCGCUGCCAUGGCAGGAAUGCUCUUGUCAUGCUGACGCCAUAGCUGCUAAGCCCUAGCUUUGCACUCCUCUUUCGGGCAUUUGCAGUCAUGAAAAGCCACAAGGAUUUCUUGAAGCUUUCUCGCUGCUCCAACCCACGGCGACGGUCCAGAAUGUCAUUCCCUAGGCUUAGGGGGAAUGAGCGGACACUCAAUGAACGCAAUGAAAUGGGUCUUGCUUGUUGGCGCUCCGACAUCGCAGCAUAUGACCAGAAAGGGGAUUUUGCAAGGGCGUCUUGGCUGUUGUGCAAAAUGCCUAUGUACAGCAAAAGCCUUUUGGCAUUUGCUUCAGAAAGGGAAGAACAAAUGCAAAUUCCUGGAAACACGUUCAGAGUGUCUAUGGUAGUGGAUGAGAACACGCGGAUGAUUCUGAAGCCUCAAGAUUGGAAGUACAGGUUUGUUUCCCAGGAGUUUGUUCCUCCCACAGCAGUUCCCCCUCCUGGGUAUUUGCUCCAAGCUGAAGCUACAAGGGACAGUGAUAUAUGCAAAGGGGCAUUGAUUGUAAUGCAUGAAGAGUUUCUAAAACUCUUGGAUAUAUGCAUUACACAUUACAUGAAGCAUGUGUUGCUUCUCAAAAUGAGGGAAUUCUAUCCUAAAACAAAUGCCAAUCAAGUAGAAUUGCAA